AUGGCUUUAGCAGCACCCUCUCGCGAGCUGCUCGCUCUAUUUCGCCGCUCUCUGCGUACAACGACCCUCUCGCGCCAGCCGUAUCGAAGCCGACAAUGCCGCAGAGCAAUAGCAACCUACGCCCACUCCCACCAUGCGUCCCAGGUCUCCAUUCUUCCGACCGCCGUCGACACCUCGAGCGCGGAUUACAAGGAGAACAAGCGCUCCAUGGACGAUGUCGUCUCCCGCAUCUCCGCCUUACACGCCCGCAUCGCGCAGGGCGGGCCCCCCAAAUCCCGCGAAAAGCACGUCUCGCGCGGUAAAAUGCUUGUGCGUGACCGCAUCGCCGCCUUGAUCGACCCGGGCACCUCGUUCCUCGAGCUGUCGAGCCUCGCGGGCUUCGAAGUCUACCCGGGAGAGGACGUCCCAGCCGGCGGCAUCGUCACAGGCAUCGGCACCGUCUCAGGCGUAACCUGCAUGAUCGUUGCCAACGACAGCACCGUCAAGGGUGGAACGUACUACCCCGUCACUGUGAAGAAGCAUCUCAGGGCGCAGGAGAUAGCCCAGCAGAACCGACUGCCGUGCAUUUACCUCGUGGACAGCGGGGGCGCAAACCUGCCGCACCAGGCGGACGUCUUCCCGGAUCGCGACCACUUCGGUCGUAUAUUCUACAACCAGGCGAGGAUGUCGGGCAUGGGGAUCCCGCAGCUGAGCGUAGUCAUGGGGCCGUGUACAGCUGGCGGGGCAUACGUGCCCAGCAUGUCCGACGAAAGCAUCAUCGUUGAGAACCAGGGCCACAUCUUCCUCGCCGGUCCUCCCCUUGUCAAAGCCGCCACCGGCGAAGUCGUGUCGGCUGAAGAGCUGGGCGGCGGCCGCCUCCACAGCGAGGUCAGCGGCGUGACGGACUACCUCGCCGUCGACGACGCCCACGCCCUCGUGCUAGCCCGUCGCAGCAUCUCGAAUCUAAACUGGCCGCAAGCUCAAAGCAGCACCGUCAUGAAGACGUGGGAGGAGCCCCUGCACGACCCGGAAGAACUCCACGGCAUCGUCGGCACGAAUCUGCGCCGCCAAAUCCCCAUCCACGAAGUCAUAUCGCGCAUCGUCGACGGCUCCGUCUUCGCCGAGUUCAAGGCCACCUACGGCUCCACUCUCGUCACGGGCUUCGCGCACAUCUACGGUCACCCCGUCGGCAUUGUCGCCAACAACGGCAUCCUUUUCUCCGAGUCGUCGCUUAAGGGCGCGCACUUUAUACAGCUGUGCGCCAAGCGCGGCAUCCCGCUUGUCUUCCUGCAGAACAUCAGCGGCUUCAUGGUCGGCAAGGACGCGGAGGCGGGCGGGAUCGCGAAGAACGGCGCUAAGUUGGUCACUGCUGUUGCGUGUGCGGAGGUGCCCAAGUUUACUGUGGUUGUGGGCUCGAGUGCAGGGGCGGGGAAUUAUGGGAUGUGUGGCCGCGCCUACUCACCCAACUUCCUCUUCCUCUGGCCGACGGCGAAAACGUCCGUCAUGGGCCCGGAGCAGCUCUCCUCGGUCAUGGAAGCCGUGGGCAAGACCGUCGAUCCGGAGCUGAAGGCAAGGAUAGAGCGGGAGAGCGAGGCGACCUUCUCGAGCGCGAGGUUGUGGGACGACGGCGUCGUUCCGCCCAGUCACACGAGGAAAGUGCUGGGCAUGGGGCUGAUGGCGGCUUGUGGAGGAAGUGUGGUGAGGAAGGAAACGAACUGGGGUGUAUUCAGGAUGUAG